AUGAAUGCUCGCGAGCGCUCUGCCCUCACGCGGCGCAUUAUACUGAAGCUCGAUCUCAGAAUUCUGCCGGUCCUGACGCUGCUCUUUCUGUGCUCUUUUCUCGAUCGCACGAAUGUCGGCAACGCGAAGACGUAUGGGCUGGAGAAGGACCUUGGGAUAACGGACCAUCAGUAUGAUACUGGCUUGGCGGUAUAUUAUGCUACUUAUAUCGCUAGUGAAAUCCCCAGCAACCUGAUCCUGAAAUGGGUAUCGCCAAGGAUUUGGCUCCCGCUGUUAACGGUCGCGUGGGGCAUUAUAACGAUGUGCCUGGGAUUCGUCAGGAAUUACUCGGGGUUCAUGGCUGUUAGGGCCGUGUUAGGCGUUGCUGAAGGGGGCUUGUUGCCCGGGAUCAUACUAUACCUGUCAGGCAUGUACACCCGGCCUGAGAUGGCGCUGAGGAUCGGUCUAUUUUAUACCAGCGCAUCUCUCAGUGGUGCAUUCGGAGGACUGCUGGCGCGGGGUUUGACGUCUAUUGGGAGGGUUGGGGACCUGGCACCCUGGUCAUGGAUCUUUAUUAUUGAAGGUCUCUUGACUGUAGGAGUUGGAGCCUUCUCAUACUUCCUACUCCCGAACACUGUCGCGGAAGCUUCAUUCUUGAGAGAGGAUGAGCGGAUCUUUGCAGUAUCGAGACUGCACCAGGAUGUGCCGUCGAGGGUGCUGAUUGAACAUAGUGAGCAUGAAAGAUUCCAAUGGUCUGAAGUCAGACGAGGAAUGCUCAGUAUCUCCACAUGGUUAAGUGCAGCGUCCUAUUUCGGAAUCCUAGCUGGUAUCUACUCCUUUGGUCUCUUUCUCCCCACGAUCAUCGUCGAGCUCGGAUACACCGCCAACGAAGCCCAGCUCUGGUCUAUAAUCCCCUACGCAGUGGCAUCCGUCGUCACUGUCGUCAUCGCCCUCCUCUCCGACCGCCUACAGCUCCGCGGGAUCGUGAUGCUCUUCACCCUCAUCCCCGCCAUCAUCGGCUACGCCGUGAUUGCCAACAUUGGCAUCUCCCACCCGAAAGUCAAGUACGGCAUGACCUUCCUCAUGGCCACGGGCAUGUACGCUUCAGUGCCGCCCGUGCUAGUCUGGAACUCGAACAAUAGCGCGGGCCAUUACAAACGCGCGACGACGACUGCGUUGCAGCUGAUGAUUGCGAAUAGUGGCGGGUUUGUAGCGACUUUUGUCUACCCUGCGAAGCAGGGACCGCAGUAUCAUAAGGGCCAUACGGUGAUUCUUUCGCUGCUUGUAGGAGCGUGGUUUUUGGUUCUAUCUAAUGUUCUUUAUUGUGCGAAGGUGAAUAGAGAUAAGAGAGAGGGGAAGUACGACAGGUAUACGGGGUAUGCGGAUGAUAGAGAUCCUGAGUUUGUGAUGAUCCUGUGA